AUGUCUUAAAACUUUACUACUCAACCUUGUUAAAUAUUUGGAUUUAUAACAACCUCAAGCAAUGGUCGAGGUAAUAAUGAAUUUUUUCUAUUAAAACAUUGCAUCUCUUCAACAAUGAGUUAAAUUUUUGGGUUUGCACCUAACUAAACUACUAAAUCUGGUAAUAUUUAUUUUUAAAGUUCUACUUGGAAUUUAAUAUAAACAGAACUUGUUAGUUUUCCAUUUAAUAAAAUUACUAGAUAAUUUGGAUCCUCAGAAUAUAUUUCUGAAAAUCUUAUACAAGUCAGAUUUAUUGUUACAUAUGUCAAUGUUGUUGAUUUGUAUAUCGUUUUAUUUAAUUAAACAACAGGAAAACUUAUUAGUUUUGUUCUAGAUUAAGGUUUUUACAUAGAUUCUAACCAAACUAUAACAUCAUUUCUAGUAUUUUUAGGAUCAAAUGGCUUAGUAAUGAUACAAAGUUUUUAAGACUAUAAUAUAUUAACUCCUCAAAUCUAUACAUUUGAAGAACGUAAAUUUCAAAUAAAAUACAAUACAAAAAAAUAAAACAGAAUGAUAGGAUUCGAAAUAAUAUAGGUUAAGCCUUCCUAAUUUUUAGUAUAUUAUCUGGUAAUAAUUAUGCUGUUAGAAAUAAAACUAAUUCAUAAUUAUAUUAUAUUUAGAAUUAUCUUACCCUCUCUAUUGAUUUAACCGGUAUUUAAAAUACAUCAAUUGAAAUCACAGGCCAUAAUCCAUAAAAUUAAAUAAAACAGUCAUUAUUUAUUUAGAAUCUAAAUUAUAGCAACACAAAUAGAAAUAAUAAUACAAUUAUACCUGAUAAUCCAAAUUCAACAGACCCAGAUGUUCAAAAAAAUUAAUAUCAUAUAGUAUUAAUUGUACUCUACUUUUUGA